AUGUCUGAUACUAGGCCACUUCCAUUUACCUACCAAUUUAUUGCCGGGGCAGUUGCCGGGAUCUCUGAAAUCUUGAUGAUGUAUCCCCUUGAUGUUGUCAAGACACGGAUGCAAUUGCAAGUCAAUAAGCCUACCGGGGCUAUUGGUGAACAAUACAGCGGGGUCUUUGAUUGCAUCAAGAAGAUUGUUAAGACUGAAGGUCCAACUAGAUUAUACCGUGGUAUCAGUGCCCCAAUCAUGAUGGAAGCCCCAAAGCGUGCCACCAAGUUUGCGACUAAUGAUGAAUUUGGGAAAUUCUACAAAAAAUUGUUUGGAAUGAACGAAAUCAACCAGCCGUUGGCUAUCUUGAAUGGUGCUUCUGCUGGGGCUUGUGAAUCGUUUGUGGUGGUUCCAUUCGAAUUGGUGAAGAUCAGAUUACAAGACAAGACCUCUAAGUACACUGGGGCUAUUGAUGUCGUCCGUAAAGUUAUCCAACAAGAAGGGAUCUUGAGAAUGUAUAAUGGUUUGGAAGCAACUCUUUGGAGACAUGUCACUUGGAACGCUGCCUAUUUUGGUUCGAUUUUCCAAAUUCGUCAACUCAUGCCUAAAUACGAAGAUAAGACCAAGAGAAUGUUGGUUGAUUUGGUUAGUGGGUGUAUCGGUGGUAUUACUGGUACCGUGCUUAAUAUUCCAUUCGAUGUGGUUAAGACUAGAGUUCAGAACCAGGUUCAAGUUCCAGGAGCUAAAUUGAAGUACAACUGGGCUUGGCCAGCUUUAGCUACCAUUUAUAAAGAAGAGGGUGCUGGGGCUUUAACCAAGGGUUUGUUGCCAAAGGUUAUGAGAUUGGGUCCAGGUGGUGGUGUCUUGUUGGUGGUGUUCACCAAGACUAUGGACUUCUUCAGAGGUCACUAUUACCAAGAUGGUAAGAAACCUGAAACUCCAAAGAGAUUGGAUUAA